CAGAAAAAUCACAAAAAUUUUCUUAACUUAUCCCUAAAUCUACUCAAGUUUUGAAGAAAUUUAUGAAGAUUGAAAAUCAUCAACAAGAGGUGUAGAAGAAGAGUUCGAAAUUGAUUCAAAGAAGGGAGUUCUAAGCAUAGAAGGUAUGAAUCUAGACUAGAAAAUGGGUAGAUGUGGGAAAAACUAAGAAAUCCCAUUCCAUAUAGGGUUGAGUUGUUAUCUUAGGGAUUGGGAUUUGAGUAUUAGAAGCACAUUAGGAUUGGGUUUUCCUUUUGUUUGUAAAAAGGGGGGGCCUUCGGCUUUGAAAAGGGGGAGGAGGAAAUUGGAGGAAGGGAGAUCCGGGAGUUGAGAGAAAGAGAAAGAGGAAACACACAAACUUGUGUUUGGACUUCAAGAGAAUAAAGUCUUGAUUUUUCCUCUUCUUCAGGUGUGCAUUGUUCAUAAUUUUCCUUUUUUUCUCUUUCUACGUUUUCUUCUGUUAUGUUUUGUUCUUUCUUCCUCUCUUUUGUGAAUUGCUUGAUUGCCCUUUUUAUUGUUUCUUUCUUGGUUUAUCUGCAAUUGAUCUUCAACCUUGCCACCAACAUGAUUUCACUUAUUGCGCCACCAUGGAAAGUCCUUAUUUUGAUGAUUGCCAGAAGCUCUUCAUCACUCCACCACAAGCUUCCUCUUAUGUCAAUCCACUUUAUGAUGAGAAGGCAACAGCUGACAGUGAGUCUUUCAAAUCAUUUGCUGAAAGGAUAUCUGAUUUUGCUGAGGAAUCUAACAGGCUUCAUGAGGAACGCAUGAGGAGGUUGGAGGAAAAGUUGAAAGGAUACAAAUCAAAUUUUCCAGAACUUAAAACCCCUCAACCCAAAAGUGAGGUUUUAAUGGAGGAUUCAAAAAAGUGCCAUGCAGCCGCAUCUCCAGGAACUUUGAAGCAGUUUUGCAAAUCACAAAACGUGACAGAGAUGCCAAUUGUAAAUGAAGGUCAGACGACACUAAGGUCAGAGAGUAAUCCCAUGAUCACAGUCGGGGGGCAUGAAUCACAAUUGCAGCGUGCUAUCCAAAGUCAACAACGCCAUGCAGCUUCGGAGGCGACUUCAACAAGUAUGCCUCCAAGUCAUUCUAAGUCUGGAAAGACUAAUACUAGCAAUAGUCCUCUUACUCCUGGGAGGCAUAAACCAACUCAGGUGCAGACAUGUCAGCCAUCGAUCAAUGAAGGUCCAUCUGAUGGCCGGCAAAAAGUUGAUGCUACUACACAAAAGCCAACACUUUGGCCAGCAUCAGGACAUAAAUCUGAUAAGGUAUCUACCUUAUCUACUUUUACUUCUUUUGAGACUAAUGAGCAUAUUUCUUCAGCCUUGCUUAAGAAGUUUGUUAGUCUGAAGAGGGGAGUUAUUUCCAGUCUCGGGGGACAACCUAGUCAGAUUGAACAACAAAGGUUGCAAGACCUUAUUGCCAAUGAAGUUCACAAAGCUAUAGAAAAAGAGGUAGCAAGGUUUGUGCCAUUGCAACCUGAUGCCAAUUCAAGCAUCCAAUCAAUCCCGCCACAGCAAAAGCAUGUGUGCAAGCUUAGUCCACCUCAGCAGUUUGCAGACUCAUUGCCCAAGGCCACUUAGGUGGCAUGCAGGCCACCAUGUUGUCUAACAUGCCGUAGGCCAUAUUCAAAAAAUAAUGAUUCUUUCCAAAGUGGCUUUCACAAAAAAUUCUCAGAUUUUCC